AUGUUCCUCAUCAAACCAUAAACACCCACCUUUGGAGAUAAAAAACAAUGUCGCAAACCCCAAUUGCAAAUUAACGAAAUCACCAAUAACUCUCGCUUCUAUAGUGUUCCAACCCGUCAAACACAAUAAUAAAGUAGGAGUUCAUCCAUUCGAAAAAAGAAUGACCUUUUAGUAAAUUAAAUCCCCCAUCUAUUUUGUAGAUUAAAAAGUGGAAAGAACUCUAUGAAGAAUAGACCAGCUAUUAUAUGCGCCUCCUUAAAGUUAAUAACAUACAAAAUAUUGAGCUUCCAAAAUUUUAACUAUAAAAAUGAUUUUAUUAUAGUAUUAUUACAAUUAUUAUAAUUAUUACUGGGCUCUAUAUUUAAUAAAGUGUUAAUUUUAAUAUCUUAACCUUAAGACCUAUAUAAUUAAAUAAAAUUGCAUAACCAAUACCCAUUAUCUUAUCCCAAAUUUAAUCUUUUAAAUUCCUAAAUCAAUUAUUUAAACAUAAUUAAUCAUUUCCAUAACUAUCUUAACAUUAAUAUACUGAUGAAGCCAAUAAUGUGUCAUCUGAAUUAUCAACCAGUCACUUCUUUGAAAACUCAAAACUUGGAUUUCGACCUCCUGGAACUAGAGAAGAUUAAUUUUUCAGUUAAGAGAGAGCACAUGGUUGUUCAACUCAACAGAGAAUAAGAAAUAAGUACUCCAACCUUCAAAUAUAAACACAAUAAAAUUUAAGGACCUGGAAAAUAAAUCAGAAAUUAGUUUCGCCACUUAACAUCCAUUUCCCCAAAAAAAUUAAUUAAAUCAACUCGAAAUAUAUCUACUUCACAAAAAGAGCCAUUAAACGAUCUAAAAAAUUGA